UUUACCGUCUUAAAUACUUAGAAUUGUCUGUUGCGUUGAAGGCGCUAGAGUCGACGCCAUACAGGUUUAGUGAACUACAUUAGCGUCACACUACUGUUUGUUUACUGUUGCGUCUUAUAGGUUAUGUGACUGUAUAGGGCUUUUGAGUACCUGGUUUAUAUAUAACAAUAGCUUAUAUUUUUUAUAACAGUGCACCUUAUAUUUCGUAGAAUUUUAUAGGUAGGAUAUAACGUUAGGAGAUGGAGAAGAGGUUAUAAUAGUUAUUAAGUGAGUGGAUGAAUGAGUGCCUUCAAUAAUUUACUUCAGACUGAAAACUAUGGGUUUUAUUCAGUUUGUGGCUAGAGCAGCUAUUCUGCUUGGGCUAAAUUUAUAAUGUUUGAAACGAAAACGGGUGGAUAAUGAGUGAUUCCGAUGAUACGGAUGUUCUGCUUUUAAUCCCACCUGAUUUGUUCGUCGUACCAUCUUCGGAGUCAGAUGAGUCUGAAUUACAUGUGGGAACAGCCUGCGGCUCCAAAGCCCCAGGAGUCGUAUCAGAAUUGAUAGAGCAUAUGCAGUCACUAGAAACUAGGAUAUCUGCAAUUGAAUCUAAGGAUAACAGUCUGGAUGUAUCGCUGCUCAAUAAUUCAUUGGAUUCACAAACAAGGACUACUUAUUAUUCUCCGUUCAAGAAUAAGCAGCUACAAUCUAAGAACAAGUUCUCUGUAAGUCAGUCCUCCAGUCUACAAAAUACUCCUGCAAAAAUUCAAAAGAGCUCAUCAGUUCCAUCUACUCCUAGCAGCUACCAGCCAUCAAACCAUACUAAUUUCACUCGUAGUGAUAUAAGGCUUGGGCAGCUUGCUAAUAGCAGUCCUAAUACUAAUAUUACCUCAAAUCCGCGGAACCAGCAUGACUAUCUAACAUCACUCUCUGAACCCUCUAUGCUGCAAUCCUCUUCAAGAAGCUCAAGACACCUGCAUGCCGAUGCUGUAUCCUUCAAAGAGGAAUCCCACUUAACUAUACCAUUUGGUUUCAAUGCGAGUAAAAAUGACUCAUGUUUGAAACUCAAUGAGCAAUUACACCUAUCACUAUCCACACUAGAUCUACCUCAGAAGUUAGGACCACUUCGACCAGAAGGGAAACUAGUGAAAGACAUGGAACUCUCAGAAGUUGAUGAAUUUCUACAUGAGAUGGAAGCUACGAACUUAGAACUGGCCAGAAGAAUCAGCAAUGCAACUUCUCAAUAUCGUCGCGAUCCUGUUCAAAAUUGCCAAAAUAUAAAAGCUACUGGUACUGAGUUACCCCAACAUCAAGAAUCUCCAGUACGUCGACUGGAUUUUCAUUCCAUCAGGAGAGAAGCGCGAAAUCCAAAUCCUUCAUAUCUAGUAAGCGAUGAUAAAAAUGAAGAAAAGUUUGCUGAUAUAUCUUUGCCCUAUGAGGAUUCACUGCCUCUGGAUGAUACAGAGAAGAUGAUCUCUGAGUUUAAAAGCUGGCAGCCAAUAUCCCCUGGCUUACCAGAGAAUGGAGGACAUUCGAUUGAAUGCAAAGACGAUAAAAAUGUUCCAGCCGAGAUAAAUGUACAGUCGGAAAUACAGUCCAGCAUUCUUCAAUGUAAAGAUUUGACAGUUGAACAGAGCCUCCACAAUAUCGACGCCGGAGUGACUGCUGUAAGCACUGAAACUAUGCAUACACAGUCACGACCAGGUUUUACUAGCAUAGGCACUGCUCUCUCGUCGAUCAAUGAGAUUACCAAAUCUAACAGCUCGAUUCAUUCUAAACAGUCGGAUAUAAAUUUGGACGAUAUACCUCAAAUGUAUAGGAAAUCUCACAUCGACACUUAUUUCCAAAACACUAUCAAUGAGGUGCAUACGAUACCAUCUUUUAAAAAUACUAGUCAUGCAGCUACAAACACAGAACCGUACUUAAGAAAGUCACAGCGACUCUUAACUUUAUCCGAUUUCUGGGAUAGUAAUACCGUCAAAUCGCAAGAAGAGAUGUUCAGGAUUAAGCUUGAGGAAGAGAAAUUUCGAAGAGAGCAUUGCGAGCAUCUGAUACAGGAGCUUCAAAAACGAUUGCUUGAGCAACAAGAGAAAGUUGCAGUCGCUAUUAGAGUGGACAAUGAGAAAAAUGUUGUAAUAUCACAAUUUCAAAGUGCAUGGGCCAAGCUUAAAAAUCGUUGGCAUGUUUUGGAAACGGAACAUCGAGAUCUCCAGAACACUUUGAAAAACUUGACAGAGAAACAUAAUUUGGAAGUGGCGGAAUUCCAAGUACAAAUCAAGCGUUGCGAAGGGGAAUUAUCAAAAGCUCUAGAUUUGGCGGCUGGAUACAAAGAAAAAAGUGACAGCAUGAUUAAAGAAAAAUUAGAUUUGUUAAGGAGUCACGCUGAUGAACUAGAGAAUUACAAGUCUCUUGUACAAGAAGCAGAAGCCAGAUACGAACAGAUGAAAGGAGAAUAUAAUAAACUUUCGGAGAAAAAUCAGCAAGUGGAAGAAACACUAAAGACUGUUCAGCAAGAAUUGAAUAGAGAAUGGCUAAGGAGCGGAGAAGUGAGAAACGAAAUGGCAGUAAUUCAUAAAGCCCUAGAUGCUUGUGAAGCCGAGCUGACCGUACUUCGCCAAGAAAAGGAAAACUUGCAACUGAAAUUGAAAGAAGAGAUGAGUAGGAACAGUAUUCUUGAACAAAAUAAAUCCUCCUUAUUAGCAACAAUCGACGACGCGAAGAAGGCAGAGAAAACGGCGAAGGAAGAAACAAAGUCUGUGCUUGAGCAACAGGAAAAAAUCAGGACUGAAUUACGAGAAGUCUAUCAAAAACAGCUGGAUGAGGUCGUAAAAACGAAAUUGCAGGAAUUUCAGGCUCAACUUGACACAGCUGAAUCCGUUUUUCAAAGCGAAUUAGAAACUAGACAACGAGCAAUUGCCGAGUGUGCCGCGAGAAAAAUUAAAAGCGUUAUUGACAAGCACCAGCUGGAAAUCAAUUUAUUGGAGGAGAAACACAAGGAGGAAAAACGACUGUUUGAGAUUCAGCUGGCACAGGCUGUGCAAAAAACAUCAAUAUUGGAAGGGCAUUUGAAUACUCAUCGCACCACAAAAACUCAAUUGGCCGAGCAGCUUCAUUCGGUUAUGCAAAAGCAAUGGCAGCAAGCUCUGCAUAUUAUUUCAGGAAGUAAUAUGGAAAACUUAACACCAAUUCAACGAGUAAACGCUGAGAAGUUCAUCGAUGCAAGAAACUCGCGGAGGUGCGAAUCUCUAGGAAACUGUUGCGCAAAGGAAUACGCGGAGCCAAUGAGAUUAGAAUCACGCUCAACGGUCACACAUAACUUUACCAAUGUUCAGCCGCGCGACGAGCAAGAUGAAAGUUUAAUAACUAUAUCUCCUGAGGUAACUCCUUUGACUAGUAGAAAGGAGUCAAAAGAUGAUUUACGACGAUACAUCAAAAUGAUACUGGAUAUGCAGCAGCCCAGGGAUAAAUUUACUAAGACAGAUUUAAUAGAAAGCACUUCAAGUCCAACUCCAAUAUCCAGGGAAGUACCGCGGAAGCAUUAUACAAAAAAGGAACUGAGUAUAAUGAGCGAAGAUAGUAUCGCUUGGCAGCCCACAUCAGAGCUUUGACAAUCCUUGUCGCAUUUCGUCCAGGUAUCUGUCCAGGAAACGACCGACGAGUACAUUUCGAUUCCUCAAAAAUUGCCUGCGAAGGCAGACCAACAGAAGAUCAAACCGCCUUGGAAGUAAUACAUGGUGCUUAUACUGACACAAUCAAUAAUCAAGUGGGUCACUUGUCUAUAACUAUAGUAAAAUACGUCCUUGAAUAAUAGUAUAAUUAAUUUUGAUAACGAUAUAUGUAUUUGUGCGUGUAAGGACUUUUAUUAGCUUACACUCAUUUAAUAAAAUAAUUGUACGUUAACAAUAGUUAUGUUUCUUUUGCCAGUGAAUCAGUCAAUCCGUCCUAUCACAUGUGUUCACAAUAUUUCUGUUAUCGUUCGAAUGUAAAGAGGAAAAGGAUGUUUGAUAAGUUCGACGAAUUGAUAGCCAGCGUGGUUAUCAUUGAAAGCAAGGAAGAUACGCGUGUUUGUAUUAAAUUCUCGAUUAAUGAGGUUCUUUGAAAUUGCGCAUUAUAACUAAGAAUAUUAUUCAGUUAAUACUGGCAAUGAAAAUCAAAUAAUCUCUGAUGUCACGUGAGAUACCAAAUAGAAAUGAUUUAAUACUCCUGAACGAUAACAUAAACGUCAUUUACUAUACUGCAUGCAUUAUAUUACGACGUUCGUGACACGUUUGUAUUCGCGAAAGGAAAUAAGUUGCGGCUACUGUAAUAGAAAUGGCUGAUUAGUCAUUGGGAACAAUAUAGAAAUAACUGACAAUAAA